GAUGAUGUUAGAUUUCCUAAGUUUUUUUUUUAAUCAAUCUUAGCAUGUAAUCGUUCAUGAGGUCAUCUCGUUAAAUGUGUAUCAGGAGGAUUAUGUUUGAAAAACUGGCAACGUACAAACGAAACAUGUUGACGCAAAGAAAUACAAAAUGCGUACGUCUUUAUGAUGAAAUACAGUUAUGAAUCUUAUUCUUCUUAAUAUUUGAAAGGUUGUCUAAAGCAUUAUACAGGGGCAUAUGCGAAGUGGAUAUGCGAUACCCAGUAAAACCAAAAUAAAUAGAUAAAAAUGGUUUUCUAACAUAAGCCUUCCAGAACUCCCUGCCAGCAGGCGUCGCUCCUCAGCACAGAGUUUAAUUUACCGCUGACUGGUUUUCCUUUCAUCGCACGCAGAUUUCCUGACAUGCGUAGAAGUGAAAAUAAUAUUUGACAAUGGCUGAAAAGGCAACUAAAGAGCGGUUAUUGUCUGUUUUGGAUGAUUUGGAAGUUUUAUCCAGGGAGCUGAUAGAAAUGCUGGCCUUAUCCAGAAGCCAGAAACUCCCGCAAGCAGGCGAGGAUACACAGAUCCUAGAUCUGCUGGUCCAGAGGGACAGGGAGUUGCAGGAGCUGAUGGAGGUGGGCAGGGAGCAGGGCCGGGUCCAGGAGGAGAUGCUCCUCCUGGAGAAAGAGGUGGAGAAGAGAGACAGCGACAUCCAACAACUCCAGAAACAGCUGAAGGAGGCAGAACACAUCCUGGCCACAGCUGUCUAUCAAGCAAAGGAGAAACUGAAAUCUAUUGACAAAGCCAAGAAGGGGAGCAUCUCAUCGGAGGAACUCAUCAAGUACGCUCACCGGAUCAGUGCCAGCAACGCUGUGUGCGCUCCACUCAACUGGCUCCCAGGCGAUCCUCGCAGGCCAUAUCCAACAGACAUGGAGAUGCGUAGUGGACUGCUGGGUCACAUGGCUAACCUGCCGACCAAUGGCGUGAACGGACAUCUGCCAGGUGACGCACUGGCUGCUGGGAGAUUGCCAGACGUCUUGACCCCCCAGUACCCCUGGCAGUCUUCUGACGUUUCCGUGGGGAUGCUGCCCCCACACCAUGGCAACGACUUUGGUCUGGAGCCGCCCGGUCAUAACAAGGAGAACGAGGAUGAGGUGGAGGCCAUGUCAACGGACUCUUCCAGCAGCAGCAGUGACUCUGACUGAGAGAGAGAGAGGGAGAGGGAGGGAGAGAGAGAGAGAGAGAGAGAGAGAGAGAGAGAGAGAGAGAGAGAGAGAGAGAGAUGAGAGAAUCUGUGUAUGUGUGUGUGUCGAAGUGUUUCCUUUAACCUACAGUCUCAAUCAGUUUUCUCCACAGCUGACCACAUUUAAAUAAUCUAUUCAACUGAUUGCCUAAUUUCGGUCCAAAUCCCCUCAGAAACCAUCUACCUUCACUCCAGCUGUUUUAAGUGUGUAUCUGUGCAUUAUUCAUCCCUCCCAAAUUGCAAACGGAUCCAGAUACAAAUCUCCUAUUGGUACACCUUUGUUAGUGUAGCUUCUGUUUUACUUAAUGGGUCUGGUGUGAAAUGUGAAACUGUAAUUCAGUACAGCAGUAUACGCAGUUCAUGGCUUGAAGAAACAAACCAAAGUUUUGAUUUGAUUUUCUUCAAAUGUAUAUAGGUAUGUACAUACUCACCUUGUAAAUAAACAUUUGAAAAUGUUUCAGGGUCGUUUUCCUUUUUCUUUCAGUGCGUGUACGAAGAAUUU